AUGAAGAUUUAAAAAGGAGUUAAGAUGUCUGCGCCCAUGGAAGGAGUCGCACCUGUCCGGGUUAAACUUCUAUUUAAUAACCUUCCUUUAGAAAGUUCUUGGGUUUUAGUGAAAACCAAAAAAUACUCAAGAGUGAAAGAAUUUUUAGAUUACAUAAAACGAAAAUUUAUUCCAAAGACAGAUGGAUCAUUGACAAUUCACAUUAAUGGCUGUAAAGUCCCAGAAUGGGAGAAAUCCUGUAUAUUUCGUGAAGAUGACGUUGUGCAAUUGUACUUGAAUGAGGUGGCCUAUAGUUCUAAUCGGUUAGUAGAUCCAAAAGUGUGCGAGAAUAAUGAUGCUGAAGAAAGAAUUGUACCCAAGAAAAAGAAGAAGAAAAACAAAGAGGAACCGACACCAAAGUUAAGUCUGGAGAAAGAACAUGAAGAAAUGGACACAUGGAGAUCAGCGGGAGAUGAUAAUUUGGAGAUAAAGAAAAGAAAAUUGUCAACAGAAAAACAAGAUGUUAUGCCCAGUGAAAAAGAUGGAUCUGCCAAAAAGGCAGAAGAAGAGCAGGAAAGUGUGACCCGCAAAAGGAAAAGGACCAGAAAGCGUAAAAAUCAUAAAGAAGAGAUUGUUACUCCUGCGAGCGCUAGUAACAAACCAGUAAAUGUGCGGCCUCUCAGACAAUAUGCAGACACAUCCAACAAUUUGCACAUCAAGUUCUCUUCAGAUAACGAGGAGGAAGAAAGAAACUCUGUGACAGACUCCAAAAGGAUACAACAGGACUUCACAGACAGACAGACUCACAGAACCAGCACUCCCGUGUACCAGGCUGAUCAGGACCAGUCUGCAGGGGCUGGUGAUUUUACAUAUAAUGGACAGAGUUCUUUUUCAUUGGAGAAACCAAAUUUGACACAGUCAGUCUUAGCGAAUGGAGUGACAGUGUUCUCAAGACCAAGAAGUCGACAGAUAAAGAGCAAUAAUUUUAGAGAACUGAGCAAAGAUGAGCAACUGUCCACCAGGCUCAGCAACAGGUCCUUCGUUUUACAGAACACAAGCCAAAGUAAUGGAGUAGAUGAUCAAAUUUUUACGUCAAUGGACAUGGCUGAGAGUAAUCUAUCAGGGAUACCCAACAUUGCCAUCCCAGUACGCAGAGACUACCAGAAAUUUCCAUUGCUGCAGGGAGACCCCAAUCCUGGAGACAAGAUAGCAUUCAAGAUUCUAGAAAUGUCUGACGAUUACACCCCAGAAGUUGGAGACUACAAGGAGGCAGAAAUCAUUGGGUUUAACAGUUCAUCCCAGAUGGUGGAACUGAAAAUUAUACCAGGGUUCAUUAAAGAGCGCAAGUUGGGGAAGUUUGAUGUGGAUUUUGGUGAGGAUGAGGGGGAGGUUCACGGAUCUUCCUCAGAAGUUCAGAAUCACCCUUUGACCUCCCUGAUGGAAGUGAGGCUCAUCACAGACUGAGGAAAUCUCCAGCCAUUCUACUCACAGACUUAACAUAGAUUCUUGUGACUUUGUAAUGAGUGUAAUGUUUCAUUUAGUAAAUGUUUCCAUA